UUGCUCACACUGAUCGUCUAUAGCCGCCAGUCAUGGGAGCAACAUCCUCGACGGCGGCCAAUCAGGCGAGAUUGCCGAUAGGAGUGAAUAACCUGGUGGGAGAAUUGGGAAAUGAUGUACAAUACGAAAAAGGGAUGGGAUCAUCAAGAUUCUUAAAAGCAAUCAAAGCAAGGCACAAACAUGGUCCUCUGGUUGUAAAGACUUUUGUUAAGCCAGAGGCGAAUCUUUCACUUAGACCUCUAGUAAGAAGGAUUCGAAUCGAACGUGAAGCAUUGGCAGAUGUACCCAAUACGCUCACCUAUCAAAAAGUUGUCGAAACUGAAACGGCAGGUUACUUGAUCCGACAAUGGAUGGCAAAUAAUUUGUACGAUCGUAUCUCUACAAGACCUUUUCUUACCAAUAUUGAAAAGAAGUGGAUUACAUACCAGCUACUCAGCGCUAUGAAGGAGGCUCGCAGAAGGAAUGUACCGCAUGGCGAUUUGAAAAGUGAAAAUAUUCUGGUGACAUCAUCUCUCUCGGUUUACGUGACCGAUUUUGCAUCAUCUUUCAAGCAGGUCUAUCUUCCCUUGAAUGAUCCUUCAGAUUUCAAUUUCUAUUUUGGCACAUCAGGACGGCGAACGUGUUACGUUGCUCCCGAACGCUUCUACAGCGAAGACUCGGAAAUAGCAAAGCAAAAGGCAAAAGCACGGAAUGACGCAGCAUCGCUUGAAGCCCAAAAGAAUGGCUCAUCGAAUGAUCAAAAUGUCGACAUAAUGGCAGAGUUAUUCAAGAGAGACGGAAAAGUUACUGAAGCAAUGGAUGUCUUUUCGUUGGGAUGUGUGAUCGCUGAGCUUUGGCGUGAUGGUGCACCAAUUUUUACCUUGAUGCAACUGUUCAAGUAUCGCGAAGGGCAAUUUGAUAUCGAAUCAGCGCUAAUGGAGAUAACCGAUUAUCAUAUCAGAAGCAUGGUAAGGAGUAUGCUCUCUCUUGAUCCAAGUAAGCGUGGCACUUUCAGCGAUUACAUGGAAAAAGCAAGAGGAACUUGUUUCCCCGAUUCCUUCUACACCUUUCUACAUCGGUAUCUCACAACAUUACAAAGAACUUCAGCACGAACGGCAUCAAUGGCUGCAGCCGAAGCAGCGGCGGCAUUGAAGGCAUCUGUGAACGCCAACCUUCCACCGAAAUCAUCGAGUUCGAAUGCUCCGCCCUUGCCUUCUCAUCUUACAUCCGCUGCAUCGGAAGCAGGAACGUCUGGAGCAGUUAACGAGGUGGCCUACCUCCUUCGCGCAGAGGCUGAUGAACGAAUCGAGAGAAUGUACGAAGAAUGGUCAGUCGUCAGUAAUGUAAUGGAUGGCAAGCCUCAUGAUGAUCUAGAUGCGAUUCAAGUCACUCCGAGCUUUGCGCGAGCUAUGAGUCCGCGAGAGGAGAUCACGACGCCCAACUUGGAUAACACCGAUCCUAUGGAACUGGACAAGGAGACUGAGCGGAUCGAUCAUAUUCUACCGGUCCGCCUGUGCAUUCCCGGAAUUGAACAGCAAGUCUUGACGUUGAGAGACAAGCCAAUAACGGGAGAUGGUACUGGUCUAUUGAUACUCUCGCCUUUACUCGCCAAUCUGCGUAACGCACUGAGGCCAUCGACAAAGAUGCAUUGCUUCGAUUUAUUGUUGCAUCUUUCAGCUAAUUGGCUAACGGACGAAGCCAAACUCGAUCGUGUGUUGCCAUAUGUGAUCAAUAUGUUUGAUGACGAAUCAAUCAUGGUUCGCGUUGCUGCUGUACGAACAGCUACUCAGUUAUUGUCUCUUGUGGAUACAAUUACACCAUCCAAUGCCUCAACAUUUACAGAGUACAUCAUGCCGAACAUGCGACUUAUCCUUCGUGAUUCUUCUUCAUUGGUUCGUGGAAUGUACGCCUCAUGCCUGGUGGAACUAUCUCGUAUAGGAAUACGAUUUCUACAAAUUACUUCAGCUAUGCGUGCUGAAGGAAUUUUUGCCGCUGAUGCUGAUGGACGUACUGGAGGUGAUGCCGACGACUUUUUGGAGGGCGAGCCUAGACCGGAGGAUGAAGUGAACUUCGACAGGCAGAUGGAUGUCUCGCGUGCAUUCUUUCGUGAGCAAGUCACUGUUCUGUUGACUGAUCCUUCCCCUGUUGUCAAACGUAGCCUGGUAUCAAACAUUGGCCCGCUUUGCGUUUUCUUUGGCUCUACUUUGGCAAAUGAUGUGAUUUUAAGUCAUAUGAUCACAUAUCUCAACGAUCGCUCUUGGCUACUACGCAAAGCAUUCUUUGAUGCAAUCGUUGAAGUUGCUCAAGUGGCUGGUGCUAGAAGUGUGGAAGAUUACAUCUCUACACUGCUAUUGCAAGCUUUAUCGGAUCCCGAGGAAUCUGUCAUCUUGCACGUUUUGCAAGGUUUGCGAAGGAUGCUCAAUGUUCGAGAAACAAGCAAAGCCUUGCUUUCGCAAAGUAAGGUACUCGAUAUUGCCGCUGCUACUGCAGGAUUUCUGUGUCAUCCGAAUCACUGGCUUCGCACAGCGUCCUCUCUUGUUGUGGAAGCAUGUGCAGAGCAAUUGCAUUCUGUCGACGUAUGGGCAAUCUUGUAUCCUGCAAUCCGACCUUUGCUUCGCAGUGAUGUAAAAUCUAUACAAGGCGAGAACUUGCUUUUCGCUGCAAAAGAUCCUCUCAGUCGCGAAGUGUUACAGAAAGCUGUUCAAUGGGCAUUCCGCGCAAAGAAUUCGAAAUUUUGGAAACCGGUUGUGAAUAAUGACUUUAAAGGGAAGGCUGGCUUAGGUAAUGGGCUGGGCCGUGAAGGCGUUGGAUUGAUGAUUGGAAGAAAAGCGAUGGACAUCACUCGCACGCCUGUACCACGCAACGAAGAGGAUGACGCACAUUUUGACAGCUUACGAUCAUCCGGCUUGAAUGAAGAUGAUGAGGUGAAAUUGAUUGCAUUACGCGAGUACAUCACCAAGCUAGCCAAAAUGUCAAAUCUGAUCGGGCAAGGUAUCAAAGCUUCUACUUCGACGUCGCUUGUCAAUCAUGAAGAUGCAAGUCUCUUACCACCUCUUCAGAUCAAGUCUAGCCUUGCAGUUCAACCAUUGGAUGAUGUGACCCCUCUGACAAUCUUCUUUACUUCCAAAAAUCAUCCUCAGUCCCAAACUCAACGGAGUCUGCCGGCAGAAACUGCAUCUAUACGCUCGCAAACAGCUGAUAGCACUUUUAGCGGCAGGAUGGCUCGAAGAAGGCUAGCAGGUGGGCGUAUUGUGAGCGAAGUAGGAAUGAUGAGUCCUUUGGAAGAAUUGAGAAGACGGAUGAAUGAGGCAAACAGUUCUGCGGACGGAGAUAUUCUGGCUCUUCCAGCAACGCCUACAGCACCACUCGAAUUCGGUCAAACAGACUUUACCACACCUUUACGUCCCGGAAGUCCUUCCAGUGUGCUAUCAGGAGGGGCAACUUCUCACGCAUUGCAAUCCAGAUUAGCAAUCGGAGUCAGUAAGGCACAAGCAGCAAUUGCGUCCAACCCGACAAAUGUUACUGGUAAAAUGGCAGAAGGAUCUGCAAAGAUGCUGUCUAUCACAGACAGGGAACAAGUCAUUCAAAAUGCUGUAGAAUCUGGUCGCACUACGCCAAAUGGUUCAGUAACCCCACUCAAUCGUGCUGGAUUGGGACGUCAGACAGCAGAUGUAACAGGAAACGAGCCAACUUUCAGCAGUACAUAUGACGGAAACGAUCCCUAUAUUCGUGCUCAUUUAGAGGCAAUCUAUUUGAGCAAUUUCCAAGAUCGUCAUCCUGGAUGGGGUCCCGCUAUCACGGCUACUGCUCCGAUGCGAAGGAAAGCCGGGAUGAGUGCCAAAGCAGCCACCUCUGCUGGUGCACGUAUAGGGAGCGUAGGUGCACCCACUACAUCUGUGAGCAGUAAUCGACGCCCGGAAGGCAAUCUGAUCGCAUACUUUACCGAGCAUACUGCUCCGAUUUCGUCAAUUGUGAUUUCACCUGAUCAUGCAUUCUUUCUUUCGGGCUCGGAAGAUGGAACGAUUAAAGUCUGGGAUACGGCAAGAUUGGAAAAGAACGUCACUUCUCGAUCAAGAGGAACGUAUAAUGGACAAAGAGGUAAGAUUGUUUGUCUUGUCAUGUUAAACGGUAGUCAUUGCGUCGCAAGUGCUGCAACUGAUGGAAGCGUGCAUGUCGUUCGUGUUGAAGUUGGUAUCUCACCAUCUGCGCCAUCUUCUUUGCCAAGGUAUGGUAAAAUCAGAAUGGUAUCAAAUUUCCAGCUAAGCGAUCCAGAAGAGUAUGUGGUAUGCAUGGUGCAAAGUUCACGCAAGAGCGGUGUUUCGACCAAAGAUGCUGCAUUGACAACAAGUUCAGGCUCUGCAUCUCUACCUGUUGGUGGUGGGGUUUCAACUUCAUCUAUGAACGCAUCCGCAUCUGGAAGUACUUUGAUCUUGGCCACCUCUAAAAGUCACAUUGUCAUCCUGGAUCUUCGAACGAUGCAAGUUUUGACGAAUUUCGAAAAUCCUGCUCAUUUAGGUGCGAUUGCGGCUAUGUGUGUUGAUCCUCAAAAUAUCUGGCUGCUCAUCGGUACGAUCGGAGGCGUGAUGUGCCUGUGGGACCUGAGAUUUCAUUUAUUGGUCAAGACAUGGAGACUGAGCACACUUGAAAAAGAACGGAAUGGUACCAAAACGAAAAGCACAACAGCGCAGGAUGACGCAGAAGACGCAUUCGCACAUGAUGGACAUUCAAUGAUUCGUCUCAAUUCAAUCGCUUUGCAUCCGAGCAGAGGUGAUGGACGAUGGGUCAUGAUUGCUUGCGAGAGACUGAAUAUCGACUUCCAAGGCGUGCAAAAUGGCUCAAUUGGACACCGGGAGACAUUGAUUGAGACAUGGGAUAUCGAAUCAGCUGAAUGUGUAGAGGUGUACAAUACUAUUCGACAUGACGGGCCUACAUCGCAACCCUCAGGUACACAAACUGGAAAUGAAGAUGAAGUGUUGCCUUUGCAGCAAUACAAGAAUACAUCGAGUACUACAUCACACGAUCGAUUCACCGGACUUGGUAGUGCAGCUGAGGCUAUUGAACGAUUGGUAAAGAUGCAUGAGGCACGGCUCAAUCAAGCUCCGGAUGAGACAACUGAUAAUGCGGGACCAACAAAUGGUCAAGAAGAAGAAACAGGUACUUACCGAAGAACAAAGAAAAAGGAAGUCAUUCAACCGCCACCGCCAACUUCCUUUGUUCGAAGUAUGUUGGUGGCCGUUGAAGGGUAUACGUCCGGCAACCUUCCCCACGCAGCCCAGGUAAGCGGUGGUUGGUUAGAUGCUGGCAAGUUGGCCGCAACAUCAAACGACAAUGCUCAUCAAAAUGCUGGAGAUGGACCUGCUGGUUACAUGAUCACGGGUGGAAUGGAUAAGAGGAUUCGGUUCUGGGAUUUGGGCAAAGUGGAAAAGAGUACAUCUUUUGGUGCACCGACUGAUGAACGUAAUGAAUUCCGCGUUAAGGGUCCAGAGAGUGCAGAAUUGACCGGAGGAGCAAAGAAGAAGUCUGCCUCCAAUGGACUAGACCAUCGCAGCAGACAAACAACAAGAUCAAAUGCUCCACAAAUGGAUGAAGGAGCAAUUGAUGGAAACGCAGGACUGGCGGUGAAUGGAACAGAUUCCAAUUCAGAAACUCUACAUGCCACCACAUUUACCCAUCAAUUACAUCCUACAAGUGCAACCGCUAGAGCGGCAACUACAUCGUUACGGUCUCCAUUAUUAACACAUCAAACGAAUAGCGCCACAAGCACGAUGUUGAUGAAAGCUCAUAAAGAUGCAAUCACUUCGUUGGCCAUCAUCGAAUCACCUUUCAGAUGUAUUGUUGCGGGUGACUAUGCCGGCAAUAUUCGUGUGUGGGAGUGAUCGGAAGAGAAUUGCUGGUUUUAGAUAGAUAGGGUUCUGUACUGUGUACUAUUUAAUCAAUUGUACUUUUAGAACGAAGACUUAGGUGAUUGAAGUUUUCCGUGUGAGUCUACUCUUUUAGAUUUACAUUACGUUGCUCUUCACUAUAAUACAUGAUGUGACCC